AAUGAGAGAGAAAGAGAAACAGGAGAGAGAAAGAGAGAGAGAGCGAGACAGAGCACUUGUAUAAUAUCCAGUGUAAUCUGGAUAUUUAAUUUAACAUUUUAUUUUGUAUAGAAAUAUUCUGCUGAUAGACUACAGAAGAGACUGAUAAAGGCUGCUGUUGUUAGUGUGUUGAUCGACUGAGUCAGGCAGACCAGAUGUCCAUGUUAAGACAACACUCCAGAAAGCAGGGACUGCUGAACCUCCAGAGGAUCACAGUUCAGCGGAGCUUGGAAGAUGCACAGGAGUCUGAAAGGGAACGCCGAUGCCGUGCGAGAGCAGCCAGUUCGACGGUGUCUGCACAAGACAGAUGCAAGCCUCAACUGUGCCAGGAUAGCCCGUGCGAAAGAGAGCAAGACUCUUUGUUAUCUCUGGAGGAUGCUGAUGUCCUCAUUGGUUUCUCACAACAUGUGGAGAAACAGAGUCAAACAAACAAUCUUCGAAAAGUGGAAGCACAAUUAAAUGCCCACCAACUGCAGCCUCAAUUCAACAGCUCCGCCCAACACAGUAAACAACAAAUAAAUGGCUCGAAUGGCCAUGUCAACUCUGCCCUAUGUUGCCUGACCCCACCUCCUCUUUCUCAGCAGCGAAAUGAGGACGGAGAGGAAGAUGAGGAUGAGUGGGUUGAGGCUGGUGAAUGCAGAGAGAAAGAAAGAGAAGAGCAGAGAAGUAGAGAAAGAGAGGAGUCCGGCAUGGUGGUAAUGACAGAGGCGAAAGGAAGGGGUUGGGUAUCGGAGACACCGAGGCAGGAGGACAUGCAAAUUAAGAGCAGAGAGAGUCAGAGAUACAACACAAGCAAAAGUGCAAGUAGUUGUCAUCACUGUCAUUUAAGCAAUCCCACUCUACUUCUUUCAGUGAGGGAAAAGAGGAAAGAGAUGAGGAUUACUUGUACCUCAAAACCACGCCUCCAACAGGAAGUAAGAUGUGAUAUUACUGCUCGGCAGGAAGAAGCUUUAAAGAGCAUGCCAUGUUUGGUUGAGGGAGAGCCUGUGACAGGGUUAGAGAUCAGUGAAAACCCACACCACAGUGAGAAGGAAGAACAGUCACUAUUUCAAGAAGAGACUGAAGAAUGGAGAAUGAAAGAGGAAACAGAAGAAGAGAGAGUGAAGAGGAUGAGAGAAGAGGAGAGGGAGAGAAAGAGAAGAGAUGUGAUGGAGAGGAUAAAAAAGCUAAGUUUGUCUAGCUCUGAAGCAGAUGAACCUUUUAGCCCUCUGAGUCCUACUCUCAUGGAUGAGGAUACAGAGGGUCUGACAGAAGGUUAUGUGUGUUCGAUUUCUGAGAGGACUGAAUGUCUGAGUCGCUCUGUCAAGAAUAGUAACAGCGUUAAGAAGACUGAACCGCCAAUGACCAUCUCUAAGAUUGAUAGCCGACUGGAACAGUACAACCACGCAGUUGAGCUGAGUGGUCAAGAAGCAAGAGACACAAAACAAGUUCUUAUGGACUUAGCAGCCAGCCCAGAACCUCUAGCGGCCCGGAAGAACUUGUUUGAGGUGGGAGAAACCUGGAACCAGAACCAGAAGGUUCUAUCCACUAAGGAUACUGAAGGCCUGAACGUGGGUGUGGCAGAUCUGAUCACUCAAUGGGUGAAGGGUAGCCCUGAUGUCCAUUGCAAAAGCCCCUCUUCCAAACCAACACCUAAUGAGGUGAAGUCUGGUGAUGUGCGACUCAAAAAGACCAUGUGGGAAACACUGGAGACAUCUUCAACAAAGAAACCAGAAGGGAAGGCAAGCUUGGGGAAGAAGUUCAAAUUUGUUGAGACUGGCCAUGGGAAAUAUGAAAAGGUUUUGGUUGGUGAUAGUGACAGUAUCAAUCACACAAAUAGAAAACAAAGCCAGUAGGACCCUGAAGAUCUCUGAAGCAAUGACACUGGACUUUCUUCUGAAUUAAUUCUAUUAAUUUCUCUAAAAAGUAUUAUGCUCAGCAUUGAACUAAAUGUCUUUUCUUUUAAGCCUUGCAAUCUAGAUAAGUCACUAAAUUUUAGCCUGAUUAUUUUUGCUCCUCUCUGUAUUUUGAGUCAUAUGAAGACACUGUUCACUAAUAGUCUCUGCUCAUUCAUAUUAUAAUGUACUUGGAUGUCUGCUGUCCAGUUAUUAACCUUGCAGUCGAAUAAAUUAUACAGGCAAAUCAAA